AACAGAACCGUAGCCUUAAAUUUGCUAGGAAAGGGAUUACAGGCAACAUGAAAAACACAAGACAGAAUGUUCUGUAUAUAUAAGCAGCAGAUGAAGACAGUAGGCGGGAAUGGGAAACUUCUGUAUUACUGCAUCAGGCAAUGUAACAGCAGACAGAGAAGAAGAUCUGCACAGAUUCCAAGUGAGGAGCCUUGAGGACACUAAGAGUAAUGGGAAAACUGCAACGGUGGAAGCAAAUCAAGAAUCCAAAAAAAGGUCACUAGAAAUGUGUUCACUGGGAACAGCAAAAAGGUGUGUCGCCUAUGAAGGAGGCGACUCCCUGAGCACUUUCACCAUGCGACCUGCUGGGUCAAAUGGAAAAGGUGCUCAAAAUCACAAGCCUAGCAAAGCCAAAGCAACCCGGGAGACUGUGAACCCCAGUCCUGAGUCCAGUGGUCAAAGCCGGAGCAAAAAAUUCAAGGUUCACAAAUCAGCUCUGGAGAAUCCCAGUCAAACAGUAAAAGCUGCUGGUCAGCUGAAUCCCAGUCACCCUAAACAUGGGGAAGCCAGAGAGGUGACCUCCAACACACAGUCAACACCUGAGACAGAAGGAGCCAAGCUUUCAGGUCAGGAUUGCCAGCAGUGUCCAACAAGGGUAUCAGAUGCUGAGGAUGAAAACAGUGAGAUGGACCUCUACAGGGGAGCAGAGGAAAUAGAACAAGAAAAGCAAGAGAAGCAACAGUCAUGUGCAGCACCUAAUUUAGAGGACCAAAACAGUGUGGCUGCUCCUGAGAGUCUUCUCCCUUACGGUGAGAGAGAGUGGAAAGGCAACACCUCCAAAAGUCGCCUAAUAAAAAAGGGCUAUGAGGCAGUAGCUCAGAGAUCUUAUGAGAGUCUGCGCAGAGUGAGAGGUGAUAACUAUUGUGCUUUGAGGGCGACCCUCUUUCAGAUCCUCAGCCAAUCUGAAAAGCUUCCAGCCUGGCUCCAAGACACUGAUAUGAGUCAGUGGCCAAAACAAAUGCAGUCUGAGCUGGAUUUAUUGAAACAGUGGAGGUUUCCAGUUGAUCAUAAAAAUGAAGGAGGAGCAGUAGAGCAGCUGGAAUGCUGUCUGAAGCGCUUAAGAAAGAGGUGGCAGGAGGCGGUGCAGUGUGCGAGUCCAGAGGAGAAGGAGCAUAUUUGUCAGCAGGUGUUUGUGGGUCAAAAUGAGGAAUAUGAGCUGCUGGAGGCCCUGAAGUUCCUGAUGCUGAGAACAGCUGUCCAGCUUCACUCAGACAUGGAGAAGGGUUCACAGGUUCCCGAGUUCUGCUGGCUCCUCUUCGCCAGAGACACAUCCAAGUGCCCUAGAAGCUUCUUCACCAAUCAUCUCAGACACGUGGGCUUCAGUGGUGGGCUGGAACAGGUGGAGAUGUUUCUGCUUGGGUAUUCACUACAACAGACAAUCCAGGUCUAUCGCCUCUACAAGACUGACACUGAAGAGUUCAUCACAUACUAUCCAGAUGACCACAAGAAAAACUGGCCUUACCUUAAUCUAAUCACAGAGGAUGACCGGCACUAUAACGUACUUGUAUCCAAACAGCUGUCCUCCAAAUUUUCAAAGUCAGUCAGACCUAUAUGGAAAAUCCCCUCAGGUGGCCACACCCAAGAAAGACACAUUACACAGCUGUAAAGGAAGCUGGAUACAUUCACAGAUGUUCUCAGGAGCAGUUUUGUCUGAUAAUUUGCCCAGGAGAACUGUAAUGUUUAAUGCCGUCCAUGUGCAAUUAAUGUUUAAAAUAUUUUAGUUUUUUUUUGUUUUGUUUUUAAUGUGUUUUUCAAUCUUUAUGGUUUUCAGUCAGAUUUCGUUGUUUAUUUGACUGGAACGGGCAGUUUAUUAUUAAGCACUUUCUUGCACAGUUGUUUCACAGUUAUUAAUGAAUGCUGGCACAGAAUUCAGGGUCAACUUUCUUUGCAUACACAAAUGACAAAGUCAUUGAAAAUAUACAUAUCGCUGCUGUCAGAACAAAAUCUUGUAUCUCCAUUUUUGCCAUUUUUCAGUUUUUGACUUGGUUCAAAAAUGUCUGUUGUCCUCUAUAUUGCGUCAAAAUUUCAUGAUGAAUGGACCAAA